AUGUCGCAGCUAGCAUGGCAUGUACGGCAGAUUCGUACACAGACUGUCUGGCUGACAGCGACACUGCCACCAAUCUAUCAAGAGCUUUUCUUUGAGCACAAUAAGCUCGUGCGGCCGCAUAUCGUCCGAGAGUCAACAAACCGUCCUAACAUCCGAUAUAUCGUCCAGCAAGAACGUGGGCUAGGCAAUCUAUGUGAGCAGGCAGCUUGUCUUGUACAGUCUUGCUGGACCCGGACAGACCUGUUCAAGAGCGAGCGGGACCGGGUCAUUGUAUACUGUCCGACGAAGGAUCUCGUGGCAGAGCUUGCUGACAUGCUCGGCUGUCCGUCCUACACAGCCGAGUCCGGCACAGAAGAAGAGAAGAUGGCGAUCAUAGAGCGAUGGCUAACAGCAGCCGAUUCGCCUAUCAUCGUGGCGACGUCAGCGCUGGGUCCUGGGUUUGACUACCCUCAUAUUCGAUUGGUCAUUCAUGUCGAUGCACCGAGCCUUCUGACGGAUUUCUCUCAAGAGUCAGGUAGAGCGGGUCGGGAUGGCGAAGUAGCCGAGUCGAUCAUUUUACUUAGCGCAGCCUGGCAGCCGCAGUUAGGUCGACCUGUAGCAGCAGACAAAGAGGCCAUGCAACUGUAUCUUUUGCAGGAAUACUGCUCGCGCGGGGUCUUGAGCCAAUUCCUUGAUAGCAAACCUGACUGGCGGUGGUGCAUGGAGGGCGAUGAGCUCUGUAGCGUUUGUCCCAAGCAUCAUGCGCAAUGCCGACCGCCUACCCUAGAGUUCCAUCUACCGCGGCCCCUACGUGAUGAGACUGAAGCCGGACAGGACGAGGACAACGGCAGCGCUGACCUUACCGUUAGCGAGAUGAUCUUUACUGGACCUGCCGAGGUGCUCCGUCAGGACCAAGUACGUGAUGAAGAAUUGAGUCGGUAUGAAAGAGAUCUUGAGACAAUGAAAGGCUGCUGUCUCUAUUGCCGCGUAGAAGGAAAAUCGUUUGAGCAUACCGUAACAGCUUGUGCUCGACGUUUUGAUUGGAUUCGAGCUAAGCAAAAAGCACUUCGAGACUGUCAGAGCAAGAAGAAGGAAUGGAUGGACCGGCACGCUGUGUGCUGGAAGUGUUACCAGCCGCAAGAGAUCUGCCGAGCUGCGGAUCCAGAGUACGAAGGGGACAACUCAUGCCAAUACCCAGAUAUGGUAAUGCCUCUAUGCUUUGGCGCAUUUAGUCGACCAGGCCGUACUAAAUGGUUCUUGAAGCAUUUUAACGAGUCAUUUAAGACAUGCCAGGAAUACAUGUUGUGGCUUGGUAAAGGUGCCUCUCUUGGCGGUAGUCGAUGUGUGAACGCCAACUGUGUAGCUGCUCUUUUACUGGGAGAAUUGGAGUAG